AUACUGUCUGGAAGAUGAAUUCAACCAGGAAUUCCCCAGAGGGGAAAACCAAGCACUUUGGAUAGGGAGGAAAAUUAUAGGUCUUCCUAAAGAGGUAACUUUAGGCUUCUGAUUCAGUUCUAUAUAAUUCAACCAGAAACGUAAAAAAAGAACUGGAUUUGGAAUUAUAGGUACAGGUUCAAAUCCUAAUAAACAUUAUAAACUCUGUGAUCAUAUGAGAAAAUUCACAGGGCAGUGAACAGGGCACUGGGCCUGGAAUCAGGAAGAUCCAGCCUCAAAUAUUUCCUAGCUUUGUAUACCCUGAGGCAAGAAACUUAACCUCUUUGGCCUUAGUUUCUUCAAAUUUGAAAUUAGGAAAAUAAUAGUACCUACCUUUCGUUUUUGUUGUGAGGAUCAAAUGAGAUAAUUUUUGUAAAACUCACCUAUGUCUGCCUCCGGUUCUUCAUUCAUAAAAUACUGAAAAUAAUGUGCCUACCUCUCAAGGUUGUUAUAAGGAUCAAAUGAGAUAAUAUUUAUAGCAAGCACUUAGCACAAAGCAUGACAAUGAGGUACUAUGUAAAUAGUUGUGCCCUUUUACUUCCUUACCUCCAACUCAUUUAACUUCUCUGGGUCUCAUGUUCUUCUGUAAAACAAGAGUCAGACAAGAUCAUACCUAGGGUCUUUUCCAUGUAUGAAUCUUUGUUUUUAUGAAGAGAGGUGAUGCUGUGUGUUAAGUAUUAAGGACAAUAAAUAUGAGAACAAUCAUUGGGUUCAAAUGGUUUAUAGGCUACUAAGGGAAAACAGCAUGUAAACAGACAAAAAAGAGGGGAAACCCUACUUCUUAAUGAUUAGAAUUACCCAGAAGUAGAAUGGAGGCUACCUCAAGAGGAUGAUACUGCCUUUUGUUGGAGGCUUUUGAGCAAAAGCUGGAUGACUAUUAGUUAAUUAUGAUAUAGAGUCUUUUGUUAAGGUAUGUAAGGUUGGUUGUACCAAAUGACUGUGAGAUUCCUUUCAAUUCUGAAGUUCUGGACAGUGUUGGAGCCUAGAGUUAAAGCCAGACUUUCUCCAAGUCCAAUAUAUUUUCCCUUAUUCUAUCCUGUAUUAGGCAGUAUGGAGAUAGCAACUAAAGAUCAGUGGGUCUUUUAUGACCAGCACAUCCUACUUGUGAACUUCAACACAUCAUUUAAAAUAUCAGCCAUCCCAAUUAACACUGCUCUUUUUAGCUAGUCAUGUAGUGAGAAUAUUUUUUUUUUCUGUGCUAAGAUCCUUAUUCUCUCCCAUAAUGUUGAAAUGUAGUAACUCAAUAGGUUCUGCUUGCCUCUUAGAGGUAUGUUGGGAAGUGUGAAUUUUUAGCCAAGGUAUUAGAUCAAAUUGAAGAGAUAUUCAACUGGGGGAGAGCCAGGAUAUUGGAGAACUUGAAUUUGGACUGAGGUUUUAAAUGAGGAUUAGUUACUUUGAUUUUCAGAAUGGAAGCAUAGAAGAGGGUGGAAGAAACUAUACUGAAGACAAAGAAAAGCAGUUGAAAUCAGGCCAUAUCCCCAAGUGAGUCACUGGAUAAUCCCACCAGAUUUUUUUUUCCUUUUGUCCUCAACAGUACUUUGAACUCUAAGGAAGCCAGGAUGAGGGACUGGCAGAAAUGGGCAAGUGUUUUCACUGUUACCUACUUAUACACGAAUGGACAUGUUCACUUAGAGAAAGAAGGGGAAAAAAUCUUUUGUACUCCCCUUCUUGAAAGAGGAAGGCCUUUACAUAGUUUACUGUUAUCCCAUGACCUAAGGAAAUCCUGCCACCUGUAUUCUAGAUCUCUGCCAUUCUCUUUGGGGGGGAUCAAGGGAAAGAGUUCAGACUUGUGAAUUGCCAGCAUGGAAUUUCCCUCUGACCAUGAAGGUAAACAACUUAUUUAUUUAACUGUAAAGUUAAGUGACUUGCAGAUACAACCAGUAUGGGGCAGGACUUGAGGGCAGGUCUUCCUGACUCAAAGGCUGUCCCUCUGUCUUUUAUCACUUUCAUGGUUCAGUCAUUUUUCAGUUCUGCCCAACUCUUUGUGACCCCAUAUGAGGUUUUCUUGGCAAAGAUUCUAGAAUGGUUUGCCAUUUCCUUCACUGGCUCAUGUUACAGAUGUUCUCAAAUAGGCAAAUAGGAUUAAGUGACUUGCCCAGAGUCAUGCAGCUAGGAUCUCAGAGUCAUUUGGCAUAACUCAUGCCUUAACAAAAGACUCUAUAUCGCAAUGAACAAACAUUCAUCCAAUCAAGCUAGCUUUGAGCUCAGGAAGUCUGGCACUUUAUUGUACCACUGAAUGACCCUGAUACCACAGUAUUUCAUCUCUGUCAAUUUAAAAGGACUUUUUGUUUUCUUAUAGAUUCAGUAAAUACAAUAGAGUUAAAAAUGAAAUCUAUUUUAAAGUGGUCACAAUUUUAUCGUUAAAGCUCUUAGGACCUUAGUUCUUAGUGAGGUGCUGAAAGUCAGGCUCACAGACAUCUGAUCUUGAUCUUUUGAAACUGGUCAACAAUAUGAGAAAUCAACACAUUGUCAAGCCAAUAAACAACAACAACAAAAUCUCCUCUGACUUUGGAUUUAGGGAAUCUGGAUUCAGAUCUGAGCUACACCUGGGGCCACAAAGCUUGGAUAACAAGAAAAUGGAAUAAUCAAACUUGGACUUGGAGGAGAAGGUAUAAAACAAGAUCCUGUAUCUUCAUAUUUUCCACAAGAACAGGAGGGGAUUCUUUGUCAAAAGUUUUUCUUAAAUUGAGGUAAUCUGAAACAGCUUUAACAUCAUUUCCCAAGAAGACAAAAACCUUUCAAAGAUACUUUCCAACUGUGAAUACUUGAAAACAUAGGAGGGAAAAAGAAGCAACUGAAAGGCUCUCUCCAUGGAAUUUACACAGCUAGGUGUUCAUCAAUGGGAAGAAAAUUAUGUCUUUUAAUUUUUUGUUUAUUUCAACACUCUUCAGUGUCAUCUCUUCCUCUUCACUUCACACAAUGGGAAAAACUUGAGCAACAUUCCAAGCUGUAUUUCAAUUGGAGGAGUUUUCCAUGAUUGUAGUGAACUUUAACAAAACAUGCCCACAGAAGAUUUUUCUCCUUUCCUUUUAUUUGCAUAUUGGGCUUAACCAAAGAAUGUGUUUGUACAUUCUCUAACUCUCUGGCUUCAGCUCAUUUUUAUUUGUGUUUUCAUUUCGUUAGCUUUCCAACAAAUCCAUGUAAUUACAAAUUGUAGUUAAAGUUUUACAAUCCAAUUUGCAUGUGUUAGAAAUAAUUUUGAUGGCUGGUCCAUGGCUCAUUGAUGCAGCGAUAAAAAAGGCAAUAAUAUGAGGCACUGUGUCAAUUGCUGCAUACAAUUGUUACCUGAUGACUUGCACCAACAGUGUUUUAGCUGCCGAGGACCCUAUCACAGCCACCACAAGUGUCCCAUCUGCAAAGGAGAGAAAAUUCUGCUGCGAGUGGAUAGCAAGCAGAUGAACUUGCUUGCAGUUUUAGAAGUGAGGACAGAGCACAAUGAAAGCUGGAGUGGGUUUUUUCGCUUCAAAAAGGGGAAGCGAUGGAGCCUGGUUUGUGGAUUGAUCAUAAUGACUUUGGUGAUGGCAUCCUAUAUACUGACCGGAGCCAAACACGAACUCCUGCUCAUCCCAUCAUCACUGCGUUAUAGGAGUUUUCCUAAUAAUCCAGCUUUAAUGGAUGACGAAUACCUGAGGAAUUUGAAAGAUUUUCACCAACCUUUUUUAGUGAAUAUUUCAUAUGAAAAAUAUUAUCCAAAUAUUAAAUUAAUUAUCAACUCAAUCACUUCAAAGAUUGAAUUUACUACAAGGCAGCUCCCAGAUCUAGAAGACCUUGAGAAACAGGAACUACAUAUGUUCUCAGUUAUCCCUAACAAAUUUCUUCCAACAAGUAAAAAUCCUUGUUGGUAUGAGGAAUACACCGGGAAAAAUACCACAGAUCCCUAUAUGACUAACCUCUAUGCACUGUAUUCAAAGCAUUUUCGGUCAACCUUUGAUUAUCUCAGGAAAGAGUUUUGGAACCACUUGUACCAUUUCAAAGAGAAGCACUACCGCCUACGUUGCCUCCCUCAUUUCUACAUCAUUGGGCAACCAAAGUGUGGGACGACUGAUCUUUAUGAUCGUCUCAGGUUGCACCCAGAUGUGAAAUUCUCAGCCAUUAAAGAACCACACUGGUGGACAAGGAAACGAUUUGGAAUAGUGCGACUGAGAGAUGGGUUUCGUGACCGAUCCCCAGUGGAAGAUUAUCUGGACUUGUUUGACUUGGCAGCCCAUGAAAUUCAUAAGGGACUCCGGAGUGAUUCGGGGACAGAACACAGCAAGAUGAAUAAUAUAGUUAUUGGAGAGGCCAGUGCUUCAACCAUGUGGGACAAUAAUGCUUGGACUUACUUCUAUGACAACAGUACUGAUGGAGAACCUCCAUUUCUGAUCCAGGACUUCAUCCACGCCUUUGAGCCAAAUGCAAAGCUCAUAGUCAUGUUGAGGGAUCCUGUGGAAAGGUUGUACUCAGAUUAUCUAUACUUUGCAAGUUCCAAUAAAUCUGCUGAAGAUUUCCAUGAAAAAGUGGCAGAAUCUCUGCAGCUGUUUGAAAAUUGCAUGUUGGAUUAUUCAUUGCGAGCCUGUGUCUACAACAACACACUGAAUAAUGCCAUGCCUGUAAGACUACAGAUUGGCUUGUACGUCGUGUAUCUCUUAGACUGGCUCACUGUUUUUGACAAAGAACAGAUCCUGAUUCUUCGUCUAGAAGAUCAUGCGUCCAAUGUCAAGUAUACCAUGAAUAAAGUUUUCCAGUUCCUGAACUUAGGGCCCUUAAAUAAAAAACAAGAAGCUCUGAUUACCAGGAGCCCUGCAUCAAAUACAAGACGUCCAGAGGACCGGAACCUAGGACCCAUGUUUCUACUCACGAAAAAGAUUCUCCAAGACUUUUAUGAGCCUUUUAAUACCAAACUGGCUCAAGUGCUUUCUGAUGAAGCUUUUUCUUGGAAGCAGACAUGAAGAGUGAAUCCCCUCUUAUGAGCUCCAUGCUAGAAGAUUUUAUUACUUGUCAUCAAAGAUAUUUAUUUAUGGGCAGUUGUUUUAUCCUUGGCAUAAUGGACUUCAUCCCAGGAUUAUCACCCUUCUUCUCUUGACUUACCAAACCACAUUGCAUUAUAACUAUUUCAGACUUUGGGGUAUCAAAUAUCCUUGCAAUGCACCCUUUCCCUCUGAAUAGUUGGGGACAGCUAUGAUGGAAUUAUAUUUUUUCUACCCUCACAAUUUUAUACGUAUUUAUUAAGCUUCUUCCAUUUGUCUAGCACUAUGUCAGGCAUGUAAAGGGAUCCGAAAGAUGUUAGAAUCCUUGUCUUCAAAGGGUUUAUAAUGUCAGUUUUGUUAGAAUUUUGAAACUUGAUAGAGCAUGUUAGAGAUCAUGUCACUGACUUUACAAAAGCAUAUUUUCAUUGUUAGUUUCAAAGAAUGUCUGUUUCAGUCAUUUAAAGUCAUUUAUUGCUGGAGAGUCUUUUCCUCUUUAUUUUUUUCCUCUCCUCUUAACCCCCACCAUACAUUUGGUUAAUUAUUUUAUACAGUUGAUAGUAGCAGAUAGAAUGCUGGUCCUGAAGUUGAUUACCUGAAUUAAAAUCUGACCUCAGACAACUACUUGCUGUAUUACCCUGGGCAAGUUACUUAACAGCUAUAUGCCUCAGUUCCCCCAGCUAUAAAAUAGGGAUAUUAAUGGUACCCACCUCCCAGGGUUGUUUUGAAGCUUAAAUGAGAAACUUAGUAUUGAACCUGACACUACACAAAUGCUUAUAACCUUGGCUUCCUUCCUUUAAUUGAAUUUAUAUUACUUUAUACAUAAAAUAUAUGAACAUAAAUUAUGCUAUUUUGGGGAUCAGAAGACCUGUUUUCAAAUUCUGGCUCUGUUAUAUGAAUUUCUUCAACUUUGAAAUGAGAGGGUUAGACUAGAUGACCUAUGAUCCUAAAUUACGUUAAAUUAUUUCUCUCUCUUUUUUUUAGGCUAAAUGAUUUCUGUUUGUCUUUUUCAAUUGUGUCAGUCUUAUCCUAUAAAGUUAACAAUAGCAAUAUUCUUAUCCUGGGCACAGAUUUUCACUUCCUACAUUAUAAGUGUUGAUUUUUACCUUAAUACUUAAAAGGACAACAUUUUUCACAAUUAUAUUUAAACAUUCUCCACACCUGAUUUCUCUUCUUUAACUGCGUUCCAUUUGAUUUCAGUUUAUUAUCCAAGAAAAUUGUUUUAUAUUGCUACAAGGGUGAGUGACUUCAGAGAAUUAAUAUACUUAAAAGGAAAAGCUAGGUUCUAUUUUGAAACUUUGGUAUGUGAACAGUGUUGUCUGAGAACUGGAUCUUUUAGUCCCAGCUGACUGCAUUUCUCAAUUUUUUCCCUUCCCUUUAGACUGAUGUUGUUUCCACAUUACCAACCACACUAUUGCCAAAUGCCCUUGUACAAUUUUUGUGUUCCCCCCAUCUCACAAAUAAGAUGCAUGGCUUACUAUUGGACUACUAUUGGGUAUGCUUGUGUGUGGCGCAUGAAUGGUAUGAGUAUUGUAUUUAGAGGACUUCUUCUGGGGAAAAUGGAAAUUUGGUUUAGACAUGGGCCUGCAGACACAGUAAUUGUUUGGAACGGCAAUGGAGUGGAAAACUCGGGAGUGGAGUCAGACAGAACCCAAUUCAGUCAAUGUUCAGUUUUUGCACUAAAAUCAAGGUGAAGGUUUCCAUGAACCAAAGUUCUUAGAUUAAGGUUAGAUAUGCCAAAGGCAGAAAGGGCAGAUGUCUGAGAACUAAACCUUAAUUUGCAUGCGUGCGUGAAAGUGGGGUCUAAUUAUUAUGAUUAUUUCUUAUUCCUCAGCUAGCGAAAUGUAGUUUCUUUGUUUUCUGCCAAUGGAGACAGAGAAAUACACAGUAUUCAGUGCAUAGGACUGAAUGAGUGCUGGGCCCAGUAUAUAUUCAUACCUAUCUCUAUAUAUCUCUAUUUCUAGAUGUCUAUAGCUACACAUACAGACAGAUAUAGAUAUAGACACAUAGAGAUCAAUAGACCCACAGAAUCAAGGUCACUUUUAUAAUGGGAUAAAACUGUGGUCUUUUACACCACUGGCUUAGAGACAAUUCACCUGAUAUUCACAGGAUCCUUGGCUGGGGGGGGGGGGGGAAGUCUGGUCAAAGCACAAAGAUGCUGGAGGUUGAUAACACUUUAACAUGUGUAUUUAUUUGUGUUAUUGUGUAUAUGUAUGUAUAUAUAUGCAUAUAUAAAAUGUAUAUGCUUUUUUAAAGUGGAUACCUUUCAGUACGGAUGCUGAUACAGCACCAAUCCUCUGUACACGUCCCUUUUAUAGAUUCCUUUCUUUGCCAAUAAAUUUGUGUAGUUUUAAGUAAAUAUUUUGCUAUUCUACAUGAACUAUAGUUCAUAACAAGGAUUUUUUCUUAUGCACACCUAUGCAUGUGACAAACAUGUAUUAUUGUAAUUCUGCUUCUUACAGAAGUAUUAUUAAAUUGUAUUGUUUUCAAUAUUAUUUGGUUUAUUAUUGAUCCUUUUAUACGCAGGUGAACACCUAACACUUCUGUAAUAAUAUCAUUCUGGCAUCGUUUCCCUAAACACUAGGCUUUCUUUUUGAAAAUUCUAGCGGCUGCCUUCCCUUAACCCUCUUCUGCCUCUUCUGCCCCUCUCCCCCAAGUCCAAACAUGGAGGUAUAGAGCUUGUAGCAAAGAGAAUGGCUGUUUGUACAGUCAUGAUCUGAGACGGCGUAUCUCUGGCUUCUAAUUUAAAACCAAAGUGAAAAUAGAUAUUUUUCCCAGAGCUGGUGUUCAAGUGAAUUGGUAUUCUUCCAAAUGUUGUUUUCCUGAUUGUAUUUAAUUGUACUCCUUGAUUUACGUAAAGUAUGUUAAACAACUCACAUAAUUAAACUGUACUUUUAAUAAUACUUAACACAAUUAAAUAUGGUUACAUAUGAGUGUUAUCCAAA